AUGCCCAUCCGGCGAAGCGUUCUCAGCGACACAUACGUCGACAACGCUCUCAAGAACGGAAGCACCGAGUUUGCAAAGGCCAUGCAAGAGUUCACUACUGCGUUCUGUUGGGGAGCUGUGUGGGAUCGUCCAGGUCUGGACCGCAAGCAAAGAUCAUUGAUCAAUCUCUCUAUGCUUGCUGCCACUGGAAAGGUCCAUGAGCUUGCUGUCCACACCCGUGGCGCCGUCAACAACGGCGUGUCCGCCACCGAGAUUCGGGAGGUUCUGGUACAAGUCUGUAUUUACAUGGGCGUUCCUGCCGGCAUGGAAGCGUUCAAGGCGUCGGAGAAGGUUCUGGUUGACAUGGAGAAUGAGGGUAUUCAGAUCAAGCAGUAG